AUGCACAUAACAUUCAUCCCAGGACAACUACAAUGCCUAUGGAAUCUUUGGGGUCUAGAAGUACUUGUGCUAUUGAGUUUCACCAUCCAAAUCAUCCUCACAGUCUAUGGCAGCCGCAGAAAGGACAUCCCAGGUAUGUGGAUAAGGCUCACUGUUUGGUUUACCUAUUUGCUCUCUGCUUCCUUAGCAAAAAUAAUCAUAGGAAAGCUCACGGUAAUACCUGGAAGUGAUCCAAAUGAACGCAAUAUCCGACGCGAACUGAAGGCAUUGUUUGCACCAUUACUUCUGGUUCAAAUUGGAAAUCCAGAUGCCAUAACAGCAUACUCAAUUGAAGAUAAUAGAUUGGGAUUGAGGCAAUUACUAACCCUUGUUUUCCAAGUAGCUGUGGUGAUUUGGAUCAUUAUGAAGAGUUGGACACAUUCAGAACUCUCUUAUCUCUACCUUCCAUUAUUAGUAUCUGGACUAAUCAAGUAUGGAGAAGUUGUUUGGGCUCUCAAAUCAUCUCUUAGUAAAAGAUCUGGCAUAAUCACAAUUCAAGAGAUUGACCAAGAAGCAAACAUGCCUGCGUUAUUCAGAUACCUUCCUGAGGAUAUUCCCAACAUAGAAUUGAUCUUGAAGGCAUAUUAUCGCUUUAUCUCAUUGAAGCCUCACCGAGAAAACUGGCUCUAUCAGCCUCUAUAUGAAACUCUUCCCGGAAUGUCCAUAGAUGAGUAUGCACCAGAUGACAUCUUCCAUAUCACAGAUGCAGAAUUGAGCUUCAUGUAUGAUGUGUUGUACACUAAAGCACCAAUAAUCUACACCAAACUAGGUUGCUUUCUUCGUGUUGUAAGUUUCCUCAAUUUAGUUCUAACUUUGUGUGGAUUUUCAUUCAUAUUCAAACAUGACUUUUCGCGCCAUUGGAAAGCUUGCUUUAUAGUUGGGGUGUUAGCAGGAGCUGUACUUAUGGAGGCAUACCAGAUUGCACAAUUACCCUUCUCAGAUUGGGCUAUAAUUCAAAUGAUCAAGCACCAUAAUCUUCCAUUUAUGAUUCCAUGCCUCAGAAUUCUUGGACCAAGAGCAAGCAAUUGGAAAAGGUGGUCAAAUACAUUGCCACAAUUCAACUUGCUGAGUUUUUGUGUCCAUGACAAGCCAUUGAAGUGUGGAAAUUUUUUCAAAUUCCGGGGGAUUGACAUGGGUUUGAAAAAGAAUAAGAGUAGGACACGUAUAAAAUUUCCCCAAGAAUUGAAGGUUUUGAUAGUUCAAGAAAUGAGAGAUAUUGAUGAACACAGAGGACUAAAGCCCUUCAACCAAAGGGGGGAAUGGUCACUAGGAAGGUAUGGUUCUCUCAAUGAUUUCAAAUGGAGUGUUAAAAGAGAUUUUGACAAGAGCAUUACCAUAUGGCACAUUGCAACAGAUAUAUGCUAUUAUUCAGAUUCUCAAUGCAAUGCUGGAAACCCCAAAAUCCAAAUAGCCAAAUUAUUGUCAAAUUAUAUGAUGUACCUUCUAGCUAUGCGUCCUCACAUGCUUUCCAUGACCACUGCCAACAUAAUAUUUCAACACGCCUAUGACAAACUCAAGGCCUUGUUGUUGUUACAAAAAGAACAACUAUCUGUGAAAGAUGAAAAAGAAGCAUGUAGUAGGAUUUUGAGAAUGGAAAGAAUUCCUCAGUAUUUGAAUUCUGAGAGGAAAUCAGAAACUGUUGUCACAUCAAAAUGGCGUAUGAUGAGGGAUGCUCAGAGACUGGGUAGGAAUUUGAUGGUCAGGGAAAACAGAUGGCAGAUUAUAUGUAGUGUGUGGGUGGAGAUGUUGUGUUAUGCUGCAGCUAAUUGCUCUAUAGAUUAUCACUCAGAACAAAUAAGAAGAGGUGGAGGUUUGAUAACUCAUGUUUGGAUUCUCUUAGCUCACAAGACUGAUAAAUAUCAUAUCAGUGACUAA